UUCAAUUUUUCCGGCACGUUUGCGUUGUCAUGGUAACCAUGGCGGCGUUCUAUAUUUGCCAGAGCUCUUUGCACACUGUCCGUGAUUUGAUUUCAAGCUGAACAGUUCGAUAAGUACCCAUUUAUACGGCCUUGGUACCCAUAACCUAGGUGAAGAAAUCGUUCAGAAUUUCUAGAGUGAUAUAUUAAAAUUUAACAGUUUGAUUGGUGACUGGAAAAAUAUUGUGAUUCCGUUUCAUUCAUGGUGAAGCGAGGCGGAAGAGAUCAUGAGUGAAGACUUCAACGAGACUCUCAUCGAGGCCGUAAGAAAAAACGCCAGUCUCUGGGACAAACGGUCCAAACAUUAUAUGAAGAAGAAGUCGGCGAAGGAACUCGACUGGCGAAAUGUGGCUGAGGAGUGCCAGGCUGACGUCUCCAUUGUCAAAGAGAAAUGGCGUCAUCUGCGUGACUACUACCAAGCCCGUCGCCGGAAGAAGCCACCCAGUGGCUCAUCGGCUAGGGACGCGCCCCGUUUGGGGCGGUACGGCCAGCUGCUGUCCUUCCUGGAUCCUGUCACGCAACGUGGGGCGUACGUAUCAUAGCCCGCUAACGAUAUGCAUCACGGAUCACACGAAUCACGAACUGGAGAAUAACAUAUGUCCUUUUUGGGGGAUUGCAUGCAUAUUUAUUUGCAUAUGUGCAAACUGCAAAUUAUAGCACAUAAACGACUCAGCCACGUCUUUUAUCUUUCAGCUCAACGUCUUCGCUCGCCUUGCGACCUGAUGCAUGCACCAAUCUCCGAGCAAACCCAGCCAUAACCGCGCCUGCUCCUGCAUCCGUCAAUGAGAACCAAUCCUUCAUUUAUGUUGACGAUGGGAACCAACUUAUUGAGGUUGAGCUACAGAACAAACAGGAGAGCGGUUCGUCUUUGAUCAACGUGACACGGGAGCUCGCGCGCUUAGACGGAGACACACAGCACGAAGAAGACGACACACAGUUCACACAUUACCCAAACACAGAGACAGCACACGGAGAUUUCGAAAGUUCACACGACAGCACACAGACCCCAACAACAUCUGUCCUUAGUAAUGACCAGGCCACGACACAUAACACUCCAGUCUGUACCACCUCGCAGCGGGGAUCCAAAAGAAAAUCACCUACUCAGGAUAUUGAUGCAGUUAUCUUAGAAGAACUGUCAAAGGGGCGAAGCAGGGAACAAGAUAGAGAUUACACAUUCUGCAUGAACUUGUACGCAGAGCUGAAGCACCGAAGCGAUGUGACGAAAAGAAUCAUUAAGCGUAUCGUCAUGGAAACACUCGACCGUCACCAUGAGUGAUCGCUGUCUUGCGAACCUGCAUGUGUCCAUUGUUGCAGCAUCAGUUGUUGAUCAGUUGUAGGUAGGUGUCGGUUAGGUAUAUUUAUGUUUUGAAUGUUGUCCCAAUGUAUACAUUGGCUGUUAUGCUAUGUUUCAGCAGUGCCUGAAACAUUUUUGUGGUGUUUCAUUAUGAUGUUACCUCGAAUAAAUGGUUUUCGAUGCAGCGUGCCGUAAUGCAAAA